GCCGCCGCAGCCGCGUCCGCCCCGCCGAGCCCAGCGGGGGGAGCGGGGCCGGGGCGGGCCGAGCCCCGAGAAGCCCCAAAAACCGCCCGCGGCGGCGGCUCCGAGCCGCGGAACGGGAUGCCGGAGGGAGCGGAGGCAGCCCCCCCGCCGAUGCCCGGGACCCCCCCGCCGAUGCCGGCCAAGGACGAGGCGCGCCCCCCGCCCGAGGGGGCGAGCUGUGAGCCCGGCCCCGCCGCCGCCGCGCCCCCCGGUUCCCCGUGCCGGCCGCCGCGGGGCGCGGAGCCGCUGCACACCCGCAUCGUGAUGGGGGAGGAGACGCGCAGCCCCCCGCCCGAGCCCCGGGGGGCGCCCCCCGUGCCUUGUCCCUUCCCCGCGCCCCCCAAAGAGCCGCCCCCGGGCCGCCCCCCGCCGCUGGACCCCGAACUAUUCUUCACCGCCCCCUCCACGCCGGUGCGGGCGGGGGGGGCGCGGCCGCCGCCCCCCGAGGAGCCGCCCACGGACGGGGACAGCGAGGGGCUCUGCUCGCCCCCCACGUCCCCCUCGGGCUCCUACAGGACGGCCGAGGGCGGCAGUUGGGGCUCCUCGGGCACCGCCAGCACCUCCCCGUCCUGCUCCCCCAACCUGGGGGAGGGCGAGGCCGAAGGCCUGGGGGGGGCCGAGGGGCUGGGGGGGGCCCUGCUGCUGCCCCCCGGCCUGGGGGACCCCCCGGCCUUCCCCCCGCUGUCCCCCGAGGAGGAGGAUGAGGAUGAUGAUGAUGAGGACGGUCCCUUCGCCCCGCCGGGCUGCGCGGAUGAUGAGGAGGAGGAGGAUGAGGAUGGGCAGACCCCGGAGGAGGAUGAGGAUGAUGAGGAUGAGGAGGAAGGCUCGGGGCUGAUCCCGGCGGCGCUGCUCCCGUUCCGCGGCAGUCUCCUCUUCCAGGCCGAGGCCGUGGAGAUCUCACCGCGGGUCCCCACUGAGGAGGAGGAGGAGGAUGAAGAUGAAGGCAGCACCUCGGCGUCCUUCCUGCGCUCGCUGUCCGAGAGCUCCAUCCCCGAGGGGGGGGACGAGACCUUCGCCUUCCGCGACGACACCGACGCCUCCUCGGACUCGGCCGCCUACGACGGGGACGAGGACGAGCGGCUCUACGGCCGCGAGCGACACGCGGGGACCCCACCCGGGACCCCCCCGGCCUCCCCCGGGCCCGCCGGGGUCGAGCUCCACCUCCGUGCCGGGUCCCCGGGCCACCCCGAGCCGGCUCCGGGACCCGUGGGGACACCCCCGGCACUGGACGGGACCGCCGCUGUCACCGUCACCAGGACCGCCGCUGUCACCGGGGCCGGGGCGCGACCCCCGCCCGAGCCCCCCGAGGAGGUGGCGGGACGGGGAAGGUGCCCGGAGCUGGCAGGGACCCACCCUGUCCCCCCGUCCCCCGUGCUCUGUGCCCGGGAGCCCCAGGAUGGCCCCGGGGGUGACAAUGAUGGUGACAGUGAUGGUGACAAUGACCUUGAGCUCAGCGCUGGGACAGCGGGCAGCGCUGACAGCCACAGCCAGAUGGACUCUGCAGCCACCGGCCUGGGGACACUGGUGACACCGACCCCCCUGGAUGAGAUGGACACGGUGACCACUGCCCUGGUGACACCAGUGACACCCAGCCUGAUGGACACGGUGACCACUGCCCUGGUGACACCAGUGACACCCAGCCUGAUGGACACGGUGACCACUGCCCUGGUGACACCGGUGGCACCGACCCCCCUGGAUGAGAUGGACGCUGCGGCCACCAGCCCGGUGACACCCAGCCCGCCUGACGAGCCGGACACUGCGGCCACUGACACGGUGACACCAGGGACACCAACCCCGCUGGAUGCUGCAGCCCCUGAUGUCGUGGAGUUGGUGACAGCGAGCCCACCAGAUGAGCCGGACACUGUGGCCAUGGACCUGGUGACACCGAGCCCACCACAUGAGCUGGACACCAUGGUCACAAAUCUGGUGACACCAGUGACACCGAGCCCACCAGAUGAGCCGGAUGCCGUGGCCAUGGACCUGGUGACACCAGUGACACCCAAGCCCCCAGAUGAGCCGGACACCAUGGCCAUGGACCUGGUGACACCAGUGACACCGAGCCCACCAGAUGAGCUGGACACCGUGGCCAUGGACCUGGUGACACCGGUGACAGCGAGCCCCCCAGAUGAGCCUGACACUGUGGCCACCAGCCUGGUGACACCGGUGACAGCGAGCCCACCACAUGAGCUGAACACCGUGGCCACAGAUCUGGUGACACCAACCCCCCUGGUGACACCGAGCCCCCCAGAUGAACUGGACACUGUGGUCACCAGCCUGGUGACACCAAUGACAAGAAGCCCACCACAUGAGCUGGACAGUGUGGCCACAGAUCUGGUGACACCAGUGACACUGAGCCCACCACAUGAGCCGGACACUGUGGCCACCAGCCUGGUGACACCGACCCCACCACAUGAGCUGGCUAUCACGACCACCGAGCCGGUGACACCGGUGACACCGAGCCUGCUGGACAAGAUGGAAGUUAUGGACACUGUCCUGGUGACACCAGUGACAUCCCCCCUGAAGGAUGCUGCGGCCACCGACUUGGUGACAUCAGUGCCACCUGCCCUGCUGGCCACUGAGGCCACCAGCCUGGUGCCACCAGUGCCACCUGCCCUGACGGCCACCACGGACGCUGCCCCGGUGACCCCGAGUGCGAUGGACACCGCGGACACGGAACCGGUGACAUCGGUGACCUCCGAGCAUGUGACGGCCACCGUGACCCCCGGCCCGGUGGCCCCCAGCCCCCCGGCUGCUGUCCCUGCCCCGUGUCCCCCUGCCCGGGCCGGGGUGGCCCCGGCUGUCCCCCCGUGUCCCCUGGCAGGGGCGACGCUGUCGCAGCCCCCCGGGGAUGUCCCCGAGGGGUCGGGGGACGCUGCCUCCGGUUUUGUCCCCGGUACCGGAGCGGCCCCGCCGAGCCCCGCCGGGCCCCGCGGGGACCCCGAGGAGGAGGAGGAGGAGGAGGAAGAAGAGGAUGAAGAUGCGCCCCCCGCGCCCCCCUCGCCGCGGUUCACGGCCUCGGAGCGGGAGGUGUUUGUGGGGACCCCCCCCGAACUGCUCCCACCACCCGGUGCCUUUUCGGGGCGCGGGGCCGGGCCGGGGGUCACCGCCCCGCUCCGGGGGUCCCCGGGGGUCCUGCCCGCCGCCCCCCGGCCGGGCCCCGAGCCCCCCGGCCCCGAUGCCAAAGUCCCCCCGAGCCCCCCCGAGGCGCAGGAGGAAGAGGAGGCGGCGGGGGGGGUCGCUCCCAGCCCCCCGCCCGCUGUGGGGGCUCAGCCGGGGUCCCCCCGCCCUGCGCCCCCCAACCCUGCGCCCCCCAAACUCAGCCAAGUGCCUCCUCCUGCCCCGGCCCCCCCGGGGCUGCCCCUCUCCAGGACGCACCUCGAAGCCCCCCAGCGCUCCCCGCAGAAGGAGCCGGAGCCCCGGGCCCGGGCGGGGGUCCCGGGGGCUGGGGGGGGCCGGGCGCCCCCCCGGGGGUCUCUGCAGUCCGAGUCGAGCUCGUCCAGCGAGGCCGAGACCCCCCAGCCCCCCCCGGCCCCCCAGCGCUGCCAGCCCAACCACCGAGGGUCCGGGAACGAGUCCGAGAGCAACGACGAGUCCAUCCCGGAGCUGGAGGAGCCCGAGGGCUCAGAGCUGCCCCCUGCCCAGCCCCAGGUGCCCCUGGGCCAGGCGCUGGGCCCCGCCGAGGAACCGCUCAGCAAAGCCAAGCAGAGCCGCAGCGAGAAGAAGGCCCGCAAGGCCAUGUCCAAGCUGGGGCUGCGGCAGAUCCACGGCGUCACCCGCAUCACCAUCCGCAAAUCCAAGAACAUCCUCUUCGUCAUCUCCAAACCCGACGUCUUCAAGAGCCCCGCCUCGGACAUCUACAUCGUCUUUGGGGAGGCCAAGAUCGAGGACCUGUCCCAGCAAGUGCACAAGGCGGCGGCUGAGAAGUUCAAGGUGCCCCUGGAGCACCCGGCGCUGGUGCCCGACGCUGCUCCUGCCCUGGCCAUCAAGGAGGAGAGCGAGGAGGAGGAGGAGGUGGACGAGACGGGGCUGGAGGUGCGGGACAUCGAGCUGGUGAUGGCCCAGGCCAACGUGUCCCGGCCCAAGGCCGUGCGGGCCCUGCGGCACAACAACAACGACAUCGUCAACGCCAUCAUGGAACUGACCAUGUAGCAGCCGGGGGUGUCCUGGCCCCCUGUAUAGAUGCACAGAGCCCCCCCAAAUCCUCCCUGCUGCCCCCCACCCUCCUCCUGGCCCCUGGACUGCUCAAUAAAGGCCUCCUGCACCCCUUGGAUCGCA